AUGGAGGAAUGCUUUGACGUCGGGGAGAAAGAUAAAAGAAAGAGGCAUACAACACAGUCGUGCCAGCAGUUAAUGGAAACAAAGCUUGGAAAAGGAUCUAUGUUAACUACACACCAGAUUGAAAGUUACUGGGGUGCUUACAAGCAAAAAAAGUAACAAUAUAAAAAUUACAAUAAUUCAUAUGGAUUUACAGGACAAUUUGGUAAAAUAGGCAGUGUUAAAAUCUCAAUACUGUUUACAUUAUCUUGAAAAAAUAUGGCAUAUAGACCACUGCAUCCAGGGGGGAGGAGAGAGGGGGGGGGGGUUGAAAUCCUGGCAGAAAAUUGUUGGGGGGUGUUAUCUCCUGGUGAAAGAAGACCAGACUUCUUAAAUAUGCUUGCCCCCCCCCCCCUCCCAAGUCAGGACCCAAGUCAGGACCCAUGCUAUGCCCCUGCUUGCACCAUGACAUCAAACACAAGAACGCCAAUUCUAGCUGGCAAGGAUUAACGACCACAGAAAACAGAUACAGAGCAACAUCCUUAGCAAAAAUGAGACAAGCUGAAAAAUAGCUGUAUUUUUGAAAAAUCUGUUUAUUUUUGCUUCAAACAUCACUCUGUAACAAGUUUUUAAUUUCACGGAAGUUUUAAAUGUCAUCAUCAUGUGAGUGAUCUAUACUGUUAUAAUAUUAUAUACAUUGCAGAAUCCAGAGGCAGGCAAAUACCUACUUCGAAUACUCCAUUUUCCAACAGGAGCAACACAGAAUUCUUUUAGGACAGUUCUGGAACUUCGGCAUGAAAAUAAUUCCUGCAUGAAAAUAAAGUUUCAAUUAAUUUAUUUAUGGCAGCAUUACUGACAGAAUAUUUUAUUGUUAUAACAUAUCAGAAUAUUUAAGAUAUUUAUUUAUCACUUCUCUGUAUCAGUUAUGAUUGAACAUUCUUAAUGUUUUAAGAUCUAUUUUUCCAAUAGUACAUAAACCAGCAGUGAGCCACUUUAACAUACAAUCAUUCAAUAGAAAAGGGGAAAUCUUUAAAUGGAAUGACACCAAAGUCUGGGAGUGACACCAAAGUCCGAAGAAAAGGUGAAGAUAUUUAAAAUCCCGCCCGAAGAUCUUGCAUUCGUUUUGAAGUUCGUUCAUCAUCCAGACAACACUUGUAGAUCGUCUCACAGAAUGGCAUCGUGUGAAGGAAUGAAGUCGUCUUGGAUAUCAGAUCUCUUUGAUGAAAGCAAACAACUUGUAAUGUGGCUGAAAGAUGGGAAGGGAAUUCUCUACAAAAAAUUUAAGGAGUGCGUAAAAGAAGGAAAAAAGCCAAUAUCAGAAUCAAAAUUUCAUGAUGGAUUGAAAGCUGGGAAUUUUAAAAGAGAUGGUUAG